AUGGAACUACGGCGAACGCUCGAGAGUCUCGGACUGCGAGCCAUCACUCAUACAUUCACCACAGAGGACUCGGAAGAGUUCGGUGUGAACAUGCUGAGUAUUCAACGCGGACCUCAUUAUGGGACUCCUAACGAUAAGGUCGUCGUUGUAGCUGCAAAUUAUGAUACCAAAGAAGGAGCCCCGGGGGUUGACGAUAAUGGCUCUGGUGUUGCGGGUGUGCUAGAAACAGCACGAACACUGGCUACGUUUGACCAUGUCUACGGACGGCUUAACACCGUUAUCUAUGCGUUUUUCGACAUGAAGCAUCAGAUGUUCCCUACAGCGGCACGAGAGCUAUAUGAGCAUCAACACAUGGGCGAUUAUAUCCAGGUGAUAGGACGUGAGCGGAAAGAUGAUGAUGUCCUUCAAAAGUUCUUCGACGCCUUCUACCAAUCGACGGCGAGGUUGACACAGGACUGGUCCUUUCAGCCAUGGCUUCUUUUGCUUCGUCUUCCUAUGCAUACCAUAACGUCUGUGGAUGACAUACACCGGUAA